AUGCUCUCUCACGCCGACCUCCUGGAUGCUCGGCUGGGGAUGAAGGAUGCUGCAGAGUUACUCGGUCAUCGAGAGGCUCUCAAGUGCCGGCUGGGUGGCGGGGUGCCCGACCAGGGGCACCCGGGAGACAUGGCCCCCGGUUCGGACUCCGUGGAGGGAACCACCCUCUUACCGGGAGAAGACAUCGCCACCGUGGGAUCCAACUCCGGCGGCAUGACGGUGAACGGGAAGGAGCAGGAGAAGCAGCAGCAGCAGCAGCAGCAGCAGCAGCCGCAGCAGAGCUCCAGUCAGUCCGCCAAACAGAAGCGGCACAGGACGCGCUUCACGCCGGCGCAGCUCAACGAGCUGGAGCGCAGCUUCGCCAAAACCCACUACCCCGACAUCUUCAUGAGGGAGGAGCUGGCUCUGAGGAUCGGCCUCACGGAGUCCAGAGUUCAGGUUUGGUUUCAGAACAGACGCGCCAAAUGGAAGAAAAGGAAGAAGACCACCAAUGUGUUCCGCUCCCCGGGGACGCUGCUCCCAACACCGGGCCUGCAACAGUUCUCUGCCGCGGCCGCCAUGGAGAACAGCCUCUGCUCCUUCCACGCCAACGACUCUCGCUGGGCCACGGGGAUGCCGGGCGUCUCCCAGCUGCAGCUCCCGCCGGCCAUGGGUCGCCAGCCGGGCAUGCAGUCCCUGUCACAGUGCGGCCUGGGCCCGGGGCCACCAAACUCCAUGGGUCUCUCCAACGGCCUUUCCUCCAACGGCUCCGGCCUGCAGUCCCACCUCUACCAGUCGCAUUUCCCCGGAAUGUCGGCCUCUCUCUCCGGCCCCACGAACGUAUCGGGCUCGUCGCAGCUGUGUAGUUCCCCGGACAGUGACAUGUGGAGAGGGACAAGCAUCGCGUCACUGCGGCGCAAAGCGCUGGAGCACACAGUGUCCAUGAGCUUCACUUAG